GACAGGCAAAAAACAAGGGCGAGAAAAAGAGAAAAGGCAUCCCAUUCUCUCUCUAAAGUUUGCAGGUGACGCCACUCCCCACCACCCUCCCAGGCACUUGUGAAGAACAUCUUCAAUAAUUUAAAACACCAAACGGCGUAAACGAAGCCUCCCCUUUUCCGCUCCCCUUUCUCUCUCUCUCUAGAAAACCACCUCAAGCCAUGCCCCCCCCCUUCCUGAAAAGCUCAUUCCCCUUCUUUCUCUCUCUAUAGGAGACUGUCAUCUUGUUCGCUCAUUCCCUCCGAUCCGGUCCUUUCUCCUUUCUCAAGAUACGCUAUCCCGCCCAGUCACUUUCUCUCUCUAGAAAGCUCAUACCCACUUGUAGAAAACCGUCUGGUACUCAUCUCUGCACUUUCAUUCACUAGAGAUAGAGAGAGAGAGAGAGAGAGAGAGAGAGAGAGAGAGAGAGAGGCUUCUGUAUGACGGGUGUAGGGUGGUGUAUUCACAGGCAUAGGUCUGUGAUGGUAUAUAAGGACAUAUACGGAUGUUGCGUACUCGAACAACCAUGGAUCCACUGCCUCUAACCACCUGGUCUUCUUGUACAAGCGUCAUAAGGUGGGUAGUUUCUAGGGUUUCUGCCCAGGAGGAGUAGGUGGGUGUUCCGGGAUUUGGCCUCUGGAAGGUAGUGGUUAGGGUUUUCGGGCAGGGAUGGGGAAGAUCCCGUGCUGCUCCGUCUGCCAGAUGAACUACGACGAUGGCGCGAGGGCUCCCAUGCUUCUUCAGUGCGGUCAUGGCUUCUGCAGAGAUUGUCUCUCUCAGAUGUUUGCUGCGGCGGCGGAGGACUCGCUCUCGUGCCCACGCUGCCGCCACCCCUCGCGGGUCGGCAACAGCGUCGAUGCGUUGCGCAAGAACUUUGCCGUCCUGUCUCUGGUCCAUCAGUCGGAGUUCGACUGCAGCGACGACGACGACGAGGAAGAGGAGGAGGAACAAGAGGAGAGGCGGCCGGGCAGGGAGUUCAGGGGCUCUCGGAAUGCGUGUGGGCGGGGCGGCCACGCCACCUCGAGCUCAGGUUCGAUAGAUUUGGGGUCUCACAGCCUGAAAAUGGUCAGACAACUUGCAGACGGGCGGCGGGCAGGGAUGGAUUUGUGGGCAGGGGUGCUGACCGGUCCGGGAGGGUGCCGGCACCGGGUGGCGGUGAAAAGGGUGAGGAUCAUGCAGGAAACCGACAUUGUUUGGGUGCAAGGCCGGCUUGAGGCCCUUAGGAGGGCAUCAAUGUGGUGUAGGAACGUGUGCACUUUUCAUGGCGCCAUGAGGAUCGAGGACCGGCUCUGUCUUGUGAUGGACCGGUACGAAGGAUCAGUGCAGUCCGCGAUGCAAAACAACGAGGGGCGGCUUACACUUGAGCAGAUUCUGAGGUAUGGAGCUGAUAUUGCUCGUGGUGUUGCUGAACUCCAUGCAGCUGGUGUUGUUUGCAUGAAUUUGAAGCCAUCUAACCUUCUCUUAGAUGCAAAUGGGCGUGCAGUGGUCUCUGAUUAUGGGCUACUUGAGAUUUUGAAGAGACCGGAUUGCCGUAAAGCUCACUCCGCUCCAGAGGUUGAUUCAUCAAGGAUGCACUCUUGUAUGGACUGCACUAUGCUAUGUCCAAAUUAUACAGCCCCUGAAGCAUGGGAACCAGGGAAGAAAUCUUUAAAUAUUUUCUGGGAUGAUGCACUUGGCAUGUCUGCAGAGUCGGAUGCAUGGAGCUUUGGAUGUACCUUGGUCGAGAUGUGCACAGGCUCUGCUCCGUGGGCUGGUUUGAGUUCAGAAGAGAUAUACCGUGCAGUUGUCAAGGCUCGCAGGCUGCCUCCUCAAUAUGCAAGUGUAGUAGGUGUUGGAAUACCUAGAGAACUUUGGAAGAUGGUUGGGGAAUGCUUACAGUUUAAAGCUUCAAAAAGGCCGACUUUUAAUUCGAUGUUGUCAACAUUUCUUCAUCACCUGCAAGAAAUUCCUCGGAGCCCUCCAGCAAGCCCUGAUAAUGAUCUAGCCAAGGAUUCGGGGAUAAAUUCCGUGGAGCCUUCCCCAUCAUCAGUUUUGGACUUUUUCCAGGAUGACCAGACUAGCCUUCAUCGUCUUGUAUCCCAAGGUGAUCUGGAUGGUGUCAGGGAUCUUCUUGCAAGGGCUGCAUCUGAAGACAACAAAAGUUCAUUUGGUUCCCUUCUAGAUGGACAAAAUGGUGAAGGACAGACGGCUUUACACUUGGCAUGUAGACGGGGUUGUGCAGAACUUGUUGAAGCCAUUCUAGAAUAUAAAGAGGCAGAUGUUGAUGUACUAGAUAGAGAUGGUGAUCCUCCAAUUGUAUUUGCAUUGGCAGCUGGUUCUGUAGAAUGUGUUCGAGCUCUCAUCAGAAGAUCCACUGAUGUAAAUGCAAGGCUGAAGAAUGGCUUAGGUCCUUCAAUUGCACAUGUUUGUGCUUUUCAUGGUCAGCCAGAUUGUAUGCGUGAGUUACUUUUAGCUGGGGCAGAUCCCAAUGCCAUUGAUGAUGAGGGUGAAACAGUGCUGCAUAGAGCCAUCGCAAAGAAAUACACAGAAUGUGCAAUUAUUAUACUGGAACAUGGGGGCUGUAGAUCAAUGGGAGUUUUGAAUUCGAAGAAUUUAACGCCAUUGCACAUGUGUGUGGCAACAUGGAAUGUGUCUGUUGUGAGAAGAUGGGUGGAGGUUGCAUCUCCAGAAGAAAUAGAAGCGGUGAUUGAAGUUCCUAGCCCAGUUGGAACAGCAUUAUGUAUGGCAGCUAGUCUAAAGAAAGAUCAUGAAAAUGAUUGCAGAGAGUUGGUCAAACUCUUGCUUGCUGCUGGUGCUGAUCCAACAGCCCAAGAGAUGCAGCAUGGACGGACAGCCUUGCAUAUGGCAGCCAUGGCUAAUGAUGAUGAGAUGGUCCAGGUAGUGCUACAGAUAAUUCUGGAUGCUGGAGUUGAUGUAAACAUUAGGGAUGCUCACAAUAUGGUUCCCCUUCAUGUUGCUUUGGCAAGAGGGUCGAGGUCCUGUGUUGGUUUGCUGUUAUCCAAUGGAGCAAAUUGCAAUUUGCAGGAUGAUGAAGGUGAUAAUGCUUUUCAUAUAGCUGCUGAUACAGCUAAAAUGGUGCGUGAGAACCUCAAGUGGAUUGUCAUUAUGCUUCGAUAUCCAGAUGCUGCUAUUGAUGUCAGAAAUCAUAGUGGGAAGACUUUACGUGACUUUUUAGAGGCUCUUCCUCGUGAGUGGAUUUCUGAAGAUCUCAUGGAUGCUCUCAUGAGCAAGGGGAUUUAUCUUUCCCCAACAAUCUUCGAAGUAGGGGAUUGGGUGAAGUUCAAGAGAAGCAUCAAGACACCCAGUUUUGGAUGGCAAGGCACAAAACAAAAGAGUGUUGGAUUUGUUCAGAAUGUCCUUGAUAAAGAUGUUCUCAUUGUGUCAUUUUGUACUGGUGAAGCUCGUCUUCUGGCGAAUGAGGUGGUGAAAGUGAUUCCUUUGGACAGGGGCCAACAUGUGCAACUGAAGCCAGAUGUCAAGGAACCAAAGUUUGGUUGGCGUGGCCAAUCUCGUGAUAGCAUUGGUACUGUACUAUGUGUUGAUGAUGAUGGGAUUCUUCGUGUUGGGUUUCCUGGAGCAUCGAGGGGAUGGAAGGCCGAUCCUGCAGAGAUGGAAAGAGUGGAAGAAUUCAAGGUUGGUGAUUGGGUGAGGAUACGUCCUUCUCUUACUACAGCCAAACAUGGCCUAGGGCCUGUAACACCAGGAAGUAUUGGGAUUGUAUACUGCAUUAGGCCAGACAGCAGUUUGUUAUUGGAGCUAAGCUAUUUGCCAGGUCCUUGGCAUUGUGAACCAGAAGAGGUUGAACCUGUUGAACCAUUCAGGAUUGGUGACCAAGUCUGUGUGAAGAGAUCUGUAGCAGAGCCAAGAUAUGCCUGGGGAGGUGAGACACAUCACAGUGUAGGCAGGAUAAGUGAGAUAGGAAGUGAUGGAUUGCUCAUAAUUGAUAUACCUGGUCGACCCAUUCCAUGGCAAGCUGAUCCUUCUGACAUGGAGAAGGUGGAAGAUUUCAAGGUCGGCGAUUGGGUGAGAGUGAAAGCUGCUGUUUCAUCUCCAAAAUAUGGAUGGGAAGAUGUCACCAAAAACAGUAUUGGCAUAAUUCAUAGUCUAGAGGAGGAUGGGGAUAUGAGUGUUGCAUUUUGUUUCAGAAACAAGCCUUUUUGCUGCUCUGUGACAGAUGUGGAGAAGGUAACACCCUUUGAAUUGGGACAAGAGAUCCAUGUCAUGCCAUCCAUCACACAACCAAAACUUGGAUGGUCACAGGAGACUCCUGCCACAACAGGCAAGAUUGUAAGGAUUGACAUGGACGGGACACUCAAUGUCAAGGUGGCUGGCAGAAGAAGCUUAUGGAAAGUUGCUCCUGGCGAUGCAGAGCGACUAUCAGGAUUUGAAGUUGGUGACUGGGUCAAAUUAAGGUCUAGUAUUGGAACAAGGCCUGGUUAUGAUUGGCACAGUGUCAGCAAAGAAAGUUAUGCAGUGGUUCAUAGUGUGCCUGAUAGUGGUUAUCUGGAGCUAGCUAGUUGUUUUAGGAAAGGAAGAUGGAUGACACACUACAUGGAUGUUGAAAAGGUUCCUUGCUUAAAAGUAGGACAGCAUGUAAAAUUUCGUUCUGGCAUCUCAGAACCAAGAUGGGGCUGGAGGGAUGCGCGCCCUGACUCCAGGGGUAUCAUAGUUGGUGUUGGUGCCGAUGGAGAAGUGAAGGUAUUUUUCCCUGGUCUUGCAGGACCAUGGAGAGCAGACCCAGCUGAUCUCGAAAGGGUUGAGUUGUUUGAAGUUGGGGAAUGGGUGAGGAUAAAAGAGGACGUGUUGGAGCCUAAAAGUGGAUGGAAGUCUCUAAGGCCAGGGAGUAUUGGUAUAGUGCAAGGAAUAGCAUAUGAAACUGCCGAUCUCACAAGUGUCAAUGUGCAUGUUGGGUUCUGCGGGGAGCAAGAAAGGUGGGUAGGGCUUCCCUGUGAGCUUGAAAGAGUAGAUGCGCUCAAAAUUGGCCAACGUGUGAGGGUGAAGCAGUGCAUAAAGCAGCCGAGGUUUGGAUGGUCUGGACGUAACUAUUCUAGUGUUGAAACUGUAUCUGCCAUAGAUGCAGAUGGUAAGCUAAGAAUCCAUGCACCUGCAGGAUCGAAAAUGUGGAUGCUUGACCCAGCAGAAGUUGAAGGGGUGGAGGAAGAGGAACUCUGCAUCGGUGACUGGGUGAGGGUCAAGGCUUCCGUCAGCAGCCCCACGUACCACUGGGGUGAGGUGACUCAUGAAAGCAUCGGUGUAAUUCACAGGAUGGAAGAUGAUGGAGACAUGUGGGUGGCAUUCUGCUUCUUGGAGAGAUUAUGGAUUUGCAAAUCUUGGGAGACGGAGAAGGUGAGAGCAUUUAAGGUGGGAGACAAGGUGAAAGUAAAAAGCAGUGUGGUAACACCAAGGUGGGGUUGGGGAAUGGAAACGUACGCAAGCAGAGGAGAGAUUGUGGGUGUGGAUGCCAAUGGGAAGCUUCACAUAAAGUUCCAAUGGAGGGAAGGCAGACUCUGGAUGGGGGAUCCAGCAGACAUUGAACUUGACCAAGGCACUGGACCUUAGUGAUAAGAAAGUGCCAAUCGCUAGUCAUCUUAUUUCAUGCAUCCUCUACUUGCUGAGGAAAAGCAGAUUAUUUUAUCAUGCUUUUGAGCCUCUCAACCGUGUAGUUAACUUACGUCCCGGUCCUUUUGUCACUGACCCGAGUGUCUUUACGUGAGGCCUUUUCCUCGUGCAUGACGAAGAGCAUUUUAGAUGGAUUGCAUGCUUUUGUACCAUUAGAUAGGGUUUAGAGUCAUUUAUUGUGUAUGUAAUAUUCUAUUUAUUUGCUCUCUCUCUCUCUCUCUCUCUCUCUCUCUCUUUCUCUCUCUCACAUAUGUAACAUCAUAUUUCUAUGUACAAAUUGGGGUUUGGUUUAUUGAUGAACAGACACGAACAAUCCAAUGGAAAUAUGCCAUCUUUUUUCUUUUC